UUUCAUACAUUACCAUAACCUGAACCUCGACUACUGGAAAUUGAAUGUUGAAAAUUUGAUUUAUAUACACGCCACCAAGGUCCUUGACUGUUUACUAUACAAAUCGUCCAUCUGGGCUCACUCAGUCGCAUUACAUCCAGAGCGUGCAAUUGAUUAACAGUCUGCUACAUUGAAAAGACGCUUGCACAAUGACCCUCCACGCCAAAUGGCACAAACUCCUCGACGUCGAGAUCUUGCGACGUUCGUCACAGGCGCUCUCUGCUGUCGAUAACAAAACCUACGUUUUUGGUGGAGAGUUGCGACCUCGAGAGCCCCGCGAUAAUGCUCUUCAUGUUGUAUCCUUGGGCGGCCAAGCCGCUGUCAACUCUAUCCACUCGUCAUCCGAUGCGCCCUCUCCUCGAGUCGGCACAGCGACCACGGCCCUGAAAGAAAGUAUAUAUCUCUUUUCUGGUCGCGGCGGAGUGGCAAUGGCUCCUAUUGACGAACAGGGUGCUAUUUGGAAGUUCGAUACGGCAACUGGACAAUGGUCGAUGCUGUCUCCUGUGGACGCAAGCAAUUGCCCCGAGCCACGCAGCUACCACUGCAUGACCUGUGACCAGAAGGAUACGAUAUAUAUUCAUGCAGGAUGUCCUGAAAAGGGUCGACUCUCAGAUCUUUGGUCUUUCAGCGUCAGCACCAAACAAUGGAAACAACUCGCCUCUGCUCCGGAUCCAGCUCGCGGAGGCACCUCCAUUGCGUUCGCAGACGGGAAGCUCUACCGAAUGAAUGGGUUCGAUGGGAAAACCGAGCAGGGUGGAAGCAUUGACGUGUACACUCCCGAAACCAAUUCCUGGGAAUCGCACUCAUAUGAACCAGACAGUAAAUCCGGCCCGAUUGCACGAAGCGUUUGCGCUCUGCUCCCGGUUGCCGUUGGCGAUAAAUCAUACGUUGUCACUUUGUUCGGAGAGAGUGAUCCAAGUAACCUGGGGCAUCAAGGUGCCGGAAAAAUGCUGGGUGAUGUAUGGGCGUUUGACAUUGAGAGAAAGACUUGGCACAAGGUUGACGCUCAGGGCGAUGUUAUUCCUGAUGCACGGGGAUGGUUUGGAGCCGACGUAGUUGGUAAAGACACAAUUGUAGUGCAGGGAGGACUGGGAGAGGCGAAUAAUCGUCUGGGAGAUGUUUGGCGUCUCGAUUUUGUAUAAUCAGGAAAUAUACAGUCAUGUGAUCAGUCACUUUUCCUCUCCUUCCGCUUCUGGCCUAUCAGAAACGCUUGUCACUACUUGAAGACAUUGUUAUUCCAUGAUUUCAUGCUAUUCCAGCACUGGUAAAAAUUAAAAUAGUCCAGCUGU